AUGUCCAAGGCGGUGCGAAGAGGGAGGACCGACAGGGAGACCUUGGAGGUCCUCAACCCCUUUCUGAGCGUCCUUCGCUCGUCGGACGACAUUUCCAUCCCAAAGGAGACCCUCCAAGGCGCUCUUGGCCACUUCACGUCAACCCUUGUGGGGGACCGGCUCGACUCGUUUAUCCAGGACGUCCUCAGCUCGCCAUCGCUGUGGAAGACUCUGCAACCCCACCAGAUCCAGGCUGCUGUGCGCCCCGCUCCCAAGAUCAAGGUCGAAGCUCUCCGACCCACCGUCAAGGACGGGUGGAUCUUCCGCAACCAGCUCGACAAGGCCGCCCAGACAUGGCUUACGGAGGUGGUCAAGGCGAUGAAGACGACGCCUACCUCGUCCCACAGCUUGAUUCUCUUGAUUGGCCUGCUCCAGGGGCUAGACGAUGUCACAGAUAUCAAGUGGGGCCGUCCACGCAUUGAUCUCGAGGAGGAGAUUGUCAUCGCCAUCGGCGAGCGGCUGGACAACAACAGCUGCGACCUGCUGGACAUGUACUGCCCUGCAGCAGACCACAUUGACAGUGCUCGUCUGCGCGCUCUCGAUCUGAGGCAAGUCGUUCCUCGCUUGCAUGUGGCGCUGUUCACAGCACUCGGCUACGCCCCACCGCCCGUGCCAUCGACGUACACGGUACAGCCCCAGCUCGACAUGGAUGAGGUCACGUCUCUGUCUCAUGGUCUCGCCCGUACGUUUAUUGCCCUCUCGGACGGUGGCGAGGGAAGCCAGGAGUUUGCGUGGGCCGAGCUCUCGGCAUUCACAACCCGCAUGUACGUCGACUGCGCCUCCAAGUUGCAAGAGGAAUGGCUCUAUGGCGAGUCCCGACCGGCAAAAGGUGGACCAGAAUGGGAGAGGCAAAAGGCAGCGCUGUAUGCGUUCCUCGCCGUCACAUGGCCCGCCGUCCACGUCAUGCUCAACCCGGAGCGCUCGUGUUCGAAAAAGGACGCAGUCGAGCUGUCGACCCUUAUCGUUGUGACGCUUGCCAAGUUUGCGUCUCUGACAGAGGGCGAGAGCACGAUGGACGGAUACGAAAAAGUGCUGUACGGUUCUCUGGACGUGCUCGCCGCCGACGGCGGGGCACGUGGAACCAGGCAACUGUUCAAGCUGCUGCAGAACGAGCCCAAGACAGACUCGCUUUCCGGGUUCAUCCUGGUCGUUGCCGACCAGCUUAUCCGUUUACUGGAUGCAGAGACGAUCCGCGAUUACGUCUUGCCUCUUGCUCACAAGUACUUUGUGCGCCCAGAGCACCGCGCGAGCUUUGAGGCUGCCCACGCCUUCCUCCUUGCGCUCCUCGAGGUUGCCUCCGAGUCGCUGCAACGCGACCCCAGCCAAGCUCCCUUUGUGGACGCCCUGGUCCAGAUCUGCGCGCACGGUCUGCUGCGGGAAGCACGCGACGGCAGCGUGACCACCGACCAGCUCAAGGAGGCCUACCCAGCCGUGGUCCGCGCCGCGACGCGCGUCAGCCCCGACCUGGUGCACAACUGUGUCCAGCGGGUCGAGAACAUUGUCUUCAAGACAAACGAGCACGAGCAGGCCCGCCGCAGCGUGCAGGUCUCUAUCGCGGCGUACGUUCCCGCCCCAGACGUCAAGGCGUACCUGUCCAACACUGUCGCCAAGGCCGUUCUCUCGCAGCCCCGCGGAUCAGAGAGCCGUACCGAGCUUGCGGCGCUGGCAUUCAAGGUCGUCAUGAAGGACUUUCCGGACGAGAGUAAGCAGACGGGAAUCGAGUGGUGGCUGCGCUGGCGUAGGGUGUUCCAGAGUGAGAAGGAGAUGGUGGCACGGCUUUAA